AUGUACAGAAACGAGGGUAUGAGACCCAGGAGGUCGAAUCAUUCCAGUUCUUGGACUGGAGCAAUUGAUCAAGUUAAGAAUAGGACGCCGAUUUUUAGGAUUGGGGAGUACGAAACUCGGGACCAUUCUAUUAAUAUUUCACAGGGAAGAGAAUCAAAAUUAUCAAAAAAAGAAAAGAAAAAAGGAGUUUUUAAAAAAUGCUUGAACCAAGUUGAAACUUAUUGUGACAAUACCACAUUGCACGGUUUAAAGUAUGUUGGUGAUACUUCUUUGACACUAGGUGAAAGGAUAUUUUGGUUUAUUGCCUUUUUACUUGCUAUAAUUUUUGCUUCCUACUACAUUUCAAACAUUUACAAAAAAUGGAAUUCCAGUCCCGUUAUAAUUAGUUUUAGUCCUUUUGAUGCUGAUUUGACUAAAAUACCUUUUCCGGCUAUUACUAUUUGCAACAUGAAUCAGGCUAAGAGAUACGAAGCUGAAAAAAUUCUUAAGGAAGGAUCUGACGUAGAAAAAACAAUUCUUUACGGUCUUUGUAACAGUGAUAACGGAACUACCGUGGCAAAAGAUGAAACCAAAUGGGAAACAUUAAGAGAUUUUUUAAUAAGAGUCGGUUCUUCUUGCGAGAAUAUGUUAAAACUAUGCAAAUGGAGAAACGAAAUUGUUAGCUGCGAAUCGGCUUUUAACAACGAUUUAACUGACGAAGGUUUAUGUUGUUCUUUUAAUAGACUACCGGAUAACAAAAUUUAUAGAAACACGAAAGAUAUUGGUUUACUAAACAGAACGUAUCCAGAGAAAGUAUUCGAUUGGAGUCCAGAGAACGGAUUUGAUGAGGAUGAGACAGGAGAAGAUGAUUACAUACCUAGAAGACCAUUAGCUGGUUCUCAUUUGGGGCUCUCUAUUGUUCUUGAUGCACAAGUGGAAGAGUAUUAUUGUUCAUCAACAAGCAGCAUAGGUUUUAAGAUUAUUUUGGCGAAUCCAUUGGAAACCCCCAAGAUGGCAGAUUAUGGUUUCUUAUUAAGUCCUGGUACGGAAACCAGGUUUGCGCUUGUCCCCUCCAUUAGAGAAGCUAGUGAUACAUUGAAAAAUAUUGAAAUUUCAAAAAGACAGUGCUAUUUUGAAGGCGAGAGGCCGCUAAGAUAUUACAGGGAAAAUAUGGCAAUAGCACACUUCUUCUUUACCACAACUAAAUUUACUAAAGAAAUUAAAAGCGAGUUGUACGGUUUUACUGAAAUUUUGUCUAAUGUUGGAGGUUUAUUGGGACUAUGCAUGGGCUUUAGUCUGCUGAGUCUUAUCGAAUUUAUAUAUUUUGUUUCUUUAAGAGUUUGCUAUAACAAUCUAAAAUACAUUAGAAGAAAAGAACCAAAAUCAAAUAAAAAAAUUAAAAGAGAACAAAAUAAUAAAGUACUUAAAAAAUGUUUAAAUCAAUUUAAAAGCUACUGUGACAAUUCCACAUUGCAUGGCUUAAAAUAUGUUGGCGAUACAACCCUUACACUUGGAGAAAGGUUUUUUUGGUUCAUCGCAUUUGUUAUUGCAGUCCUUUUCGCUGCAUACUACAUUGCAGACAUAUACAAAAAAUGGAAUUCCAGCCCAGUAAUAAUUAGCUUUAGUCCAUUUGAUGCAGAUUUAACUAAUAUACCUUUCCCGGCUAUUACUAUAUGCAAUAUGAAUCAGGUUAAAAGAUAUGAAGCUGAGAAAAUUCUUAAAGAAGGUUCCGACGUUGAAAAAUCCAUUUUAUACGAUAUUUGUAAUAGCGAAUACUUAAUCAAUGUAACAAAUACUGAAACCAAAUGGGAAACGUUACAAGAUUUUUUGGUAAGAGUUGGUUCUUCAUGCGAGAAUAUGUUAAAACUUUGUAAAUGGAGAAGCGAAGUUGUUAGUUGCGAAUCGACUUUCAACAACGAUUUAACAGACGAUGGUUUAUGUUGUUCUUUUAAUAGAUUGCCUGAUAACAAAAUUUAUAGAAACUUGAAAGAUAUAGGGAUACUAAACAGAACUUACCCCGACAAAGUUUUUGAUUGGAGUCCAGAACAUGGUUUCGAUGAGCCCGAGACCGGGAAUGAAGAUUACAUACCUAGACGACCCCUAGGUAUAAUACAAAAAAUACAUCAUAAACAUUUAAACAUAAUUAUUUUAGGGGCUGGUUCUCAUUUGGGGCUUUCUAUUGUCCUUGAUGCACAAUUAGAUGAAUACUAUUGUUCAUCGACAAGCAGCGUAGGCUUUAAGGUUUUAAUUGGGAAUCCCUUGGAAACACCCUCCAUGGGCGAUUAUGGCUUUCUUUUAAGUCCUGGCACCGAAACAAGGUUUGCGAUUGUUCCAACAAUUAGGGAAGCCAGAAACAGACAUAUAAGAGUUUGUAGUUCCGGAGCCAAUGAAUGUGUGGCAAAAACUAAAAAAAAUUUGGAACAAAUCAAUGGAAAUGCUAGUGGUUGCCAUUGCCAUCAUGGGUGCAAUGAAAUGGGUUUUUCUAGUUCUAAGUCUAUUGCAAGGCUAUCUAACAUUUUAAUUGAAAAGGAUUCCUCUUUCCUGGGAAAUUAUUCAAUGUAA